AUGGCGACGACGACGCUUCCGAGCACGCCGAGCGCGACCGAGCUGCAAGCCAUCGUCCAGCGCAUCACCAACCUCUCAAGCGAAGCGCUGCUGGGGCUCCUCCAGAUCAUUGCGCAGUGCGAGCCGUCGUGGCAGCUGUGGCAAAUGGACUUUGUCGACGAAAUUCAGCUCGACUUGGAGGCGAUGCAGCCAUUGACGCUGCAAGCGAUCGCCAUGUACCUCGAAACGCUCUCGUACGUCGCCUAG